AUGACGGAGAGCCCCGUUACCCCGCCGGCUCGUGGUUACCUGCCUUUGGCGUCCCACCGUACACAUUACACAGGUCAUGAGGCUUCACUCGUGUCCAAACUGGGCAAACUGCCGCUGGGUGACGACUGGCUGGACCUGGCUAGAAUGGUCAUCGCGGCAACGGGAGCCAUGGCUUAUGGUCGUUGA